UAAUAUUAAUCCCACACUCACCAAUUUCAUGCUUUUUUUAGAAGUCGUCCACUUUUGAUGUAUAUAAAUAACCACUUCACCUCCAGCCCACUCCCGAUCCACGGCCAAGGCCUUGAUUUCCAAGAGAAGAGGAAGAAAAGAUAAAAUCUUUGAAGAUAUGUGCGGCGGAGCAAUCAUCUCCGACCUUAUCUCGCCGGUUCCCUUCCGCCGAGUGAAGGCUGAGCAUCUCUGGCCCCGCGGUAAUAGGAAGAGCAAGCAACUCAGGAUGACGGUCGACGACGACUUCGAGGCUGACUUCGAGGAGUUCGAUGUUGAAUCGGAAGAGGAGGAGUACAAAGACGAAGAGGAGGUUGAUGUCAAGCCCUUUGAUUUUGGGUCCAGAUCGUCCUUCGCUCAAGGGGGCUUAACUACUCUCAGAUCAAGAGAUCUUGGAGGAUAUGAUGCUAAGUCAGCCAAAAGGAAGAGAAAGAAUCAAUUUCGUGGAAUUCGUCAGCGUCCAUGGGGCAAAUGGGCAGCUGAAAUUAGAGACCCAUGCAAAGGGGUUCGAAUUUGGCUCGGUACAUUCAAUUCUGCUGAGGAGGCUGCAAGAGCCUAUGAUGCUGAGGCUCGCCGAAUACGUGGAACAAAAGCCAAGGUGAACUUCCCCUCUGCAGCCAACCGAGAUGCCAAAAAACGCAACUUAAAACCUAACACCAUAAGGGGACAGAAGCUGAAGCAUUCAGAAAAACAUGAAUUCAUGGAGUUGAAGGAUCUGAACAACCAAAAUUGUGAAUUCUAUUCUACCAUGGGCCUCCCGGAAGAAUGUCUAACGAAGCCUGGCUUUUUAAAUCCAUCUUCAAAGACAAAGCCUAGCGCGUCCUUUGAAGGUCUAAGCUUUCAUGCGAAUGAGGGAAGUAACAAUUUUGGUCAUCCAGGAUUUAUGUGUGAACAAGAGGCCAAAUCCCCAGAGAUUAUUUCAAUUACCACUCCCACAGUUAUCCAAAACAAUGAUACUGGAUCAUUGGCAGUCAAUAGCCAUCUAAACAAUUCCAACGAGAACAAUGGAGUUCAAAUCUCUGAAGAUAUAUCUGAUUUCGAUGCCUACAUAAAGUUCCUGCGACUUGCUUACCUUGAGGGGAAUUCUGAUCUGUCGAUGGGCUAUCUAUUUGGUGGCGAGCUGACCCAGGAUGAUCAGAGUGCAAUGAACCUCUGGAGCUUUGACGACAUGCCCAUAGCGGGCAGUGCCUACUAAGGGACUUCAGCUAGCUCUACCAGUGUACUAUGUAUACAAGCAAACAAGAACCAAUAUCGAUAGAGGGUAGCAAGAUAUGGAAAUGCUUGCUUGACUAUUAUGAAUCUAUGUGGAAUAGAAUAUGGUUUUCUGAACAAUCAUCAAGAACAGCAUUAUUUUGCUGCCAUGUAAAGUGUCUUAUCCUGUUACUUUUGCACUUGAUAUGUAUUUUCUGCAUUUUCUUUUUCAAGAGGUGACAUGCCUUUAACAUGGCAGGAUGCUUUCAUUGUCUAUCUUUUUCCAUUGUUACUCCUCAAGGUGGACAUUUAUGUGAGGCUAAAAUUGAUGGUGUAUGUAUUAAAUGAAUUGUAAACACAGGUACUGUUCCACAAUAAUAUCUUCAUCUUGUUACCCGUCAAUAAUAUAUUAGUUCAAUCUUUUGUCUGAA